GCCGUCGCUUCCUCCUCCUUUUCGCUCGCGGAAGCUGCCUAAAGUGAGCGCGCGCCCUUCACGCGCACAUCCUCUUCUGCCUGCCAUCGGACCGGAUCAGCUCAGACUCACGCGCCGCAGGAACUUGGAGACAUUCACACACUCUCGCACCUGAUAUCAUGGCCUCAGUUAUGGAGAAACUCAUCACCCCCGUGAGCAGCGGCCCUGCAGAGCCACCCACCAACAAGGUGACUGUGGUGGGAGUGGGGCAAGUGGGCAUGGCCUGUGCCAUCAGCAUCCUGGAGAGGGGCUUGUGUGAUGAGCUGGCGCUGGUCGAUGUGCUCGAGGACAAGCUGAAAGGAGAGAUGAUGGACCUGCAGCACGGCAGCCUCUUCCUUAAGACCCGCAAGAUCGUCGCCGAUAAGGACUACUCCGUCUCUGCGAACUCGCGCCUGGUGGUGGUGACGGCCGGCGUGCGUCAGCAGGAGGGCGAAAGCCGCCUCAACCUGGUGCAGAGGAACGUCAACAUCUUCAAGCACAUCAUCCCUCAGAUCGUCAAAUACAGUCCCAACUGCACCAUCCUCGUCGUCUCCAACCCGGUGGACAUCAUGACCUACGUGACCUGGAAGCUCAGCGGCCUCCCCAAGCACCGCGUCUUCGGCAGCGGCACCAACCUGGACACCGCCCGCUUCCGCUACAUGAUGGCCGAGAGGCUGGGCAUCCACGCCAGCAGCUUCAACGGCUACGUCCUGGGAGAGCACGGAGACUCCAGCGUGCCCGUGUGGAGCGGCGCCAACGUGGCCGGAGUGAACCUGCAGAAGCUCAACCCGGCCAUCGGGACGGAUCAGGACGGCGAGAAAUGGAAGGAGGUUCACAAGAUGGUGGUGGACAGCGCCUACGAGGUGAUUAGACUGAAGGGUUACACUAACUGGGCCAUCGGAAUGAGCGUGGCGGAUCUAACCGAAAGUCUGGUGAAGAACCUGAACAGAGUCCAUCCCAUCUCCACUAUGGUCAAGGGCAUGUACGGGAUCGGCGAUGAGGUGUAUCUGAGCCUGCCCUGCAUCCUGAACGCGAGCGGCGUGGGCAGCGUGGUCAACAUGACCCUGACCGACGGCGAGGUGGCGCAGCUGAAGAAGAGCGCCGAAACUCUGUGGAACAUCCAGAAAGACCUGAAGGACCUGUGAAAGUCAUCCUGUAGUGCCACACACACAUCAUACAUGUGCUUCUAACUCCUCCACUUAACACACACAUACACACACCUGGGACACGGAUCUAUUUUUACAUCACCGUCAUUAUUUUUAAAGAUCACACUCUCGGUUGCGUCUCUUCUUUUCUAAUAAGUGAAAUGUAAGAUCAAAUCUUUACAAAGUGUAGUAGGAGUGAAGGAGUUCGGUGUGUACGGAGUGGAGUAGAGGUAAUGAACUUCUCUAAAUAUGAAAAAAAAAAGUUAUGUUUGAAACAAAGAACAAAAUAAAUCAUUGCUAAGAACA